AUGGGUCGGAUUGACGUCGACGAGGCCAUCGAGGAGCUGACGCUAGGGGAGAAGGUGGCUCUCACUGCCGGACGCGACUUCUGGCAUACGGCCUCGGUGCCCCGCCUCAACAUCCCCGCCUUGCGUAUGUCGGACGGUCCUAACGGAGUUCGUGGCACUCGCUUCUUCAAUGGAAUUCCCGCCGCGUGCUUUCCCUGCGCAACAGCUCUGGGUGCAACCUGGGAUACUGAGCUGCUAUCCCAGGUUGGCCGGCUGAUGGGUGAGGAGGCGAUCGCUAAGGGCACGCAUGUGGUCUUGGGCCCGACGAUCAACAUCCAACGAUCGCCGCUCGGUGGGCGCGGGUUCGAGUCGUUUUCAGAGGAUGGUGUGCUUUCUGGAACUUUGGCCGGCCAUUUCUGUAAAGGUAUGCAGGAGAAGGGUGUUGCCGCCACGUUGAAGCACUUCGUCUGCAACGAUCAGGAGCAUGAACGCAUGGCCGUGAGCAGCAUCCUCACCGAGCGUGCCCUGCGCGAGAUCUACCUGCUUCCAUUUCAGUUGGCCAUGCGUAUAUGUCGCGCAGCCUGUGUGAUGACCGCCUACAACAAGGUCAAUGGCACGCACGUCAGCGAGAACAAGGCCAUCAUUGAUGAUAUCCUACGUAAGGAGUGGAAGUGGGAUGGUGUGGUCAUGAGCGACUGGUUUGGCACUUACAGCACGUCGGAUGCAAUCAAUGCCGGGCUUGACGUUGAGAUGCCCGGAAAAUCCCGCUGGCGGGGAGAGGCCCUGGCACACGCGGUGUCCUCCAACAAAGUGGCUGAGUUCAAGCUGGACGAGCGUGUGCGUAAUGUACUUAACUUGGUGAACUGGGUCGAGCCUCUGGGGAUUCCCGAGGGCGCGCCUGAAAAAGCACUCAACCGACCCGAGGACCAAACCUUGAUGCGGCGCGCAGCUGCUGAGUCGGUGGUGCUUUUGAAGAAUGAUGGCGGGGUCUUGCCAUUGAAUAAAGAUGGAUCGGUGCUGGUCAUUGGGCCCAAUGCUAGGAUCGCCUCCUACUGUGGUGGAGGGUCGGCGUCGCUGGCCCCGUACUAUACCGUGACUCCGUUUGAGGGCGUGUCCGCCAAAAGCCAGGGGGAGACCCGAUUCACCCAGGGAGUGUAUUCACACAAAGAGUUACCCCUUUUAGGUCCGCGCAUGAAGACUCUCGACGGCAAAACUGGCUUUACGUUCAAGGUUUACAAUGAGCCGCCGAACUCGGGUCAAGAGCGCCAAGUCGUGGACGAGUUGGACUUGGUUGAGUCCUCGGGCUUUUUGAUGGAUUAUGUGAACCCAAAGAUCAGGUCGAUGACCUACUAUGUCGAUAUGGAAGGCCUGUUCACCCCCGAGGAAGAUGGACUGUAUGACUUUGGUGUGACGGUUGUGGGUACCGGCCGACUUCUCGUGGAUGGCGAGGUGGUGGUCGACAACACCGAGAACCAGAAGCAGGGGUCAGCCUUUUUCGGUACCGCGACCAUUGAGGAGCGAGGAACGAAGAAUCUCAAAGCGGGACAACCCUACAAAAUCCUGUUUGAAUUUGGCACUGCGCCUACCUCGGAUCUAGAUACCCGCGGCAUCGUGGCCUUUGGACCUGGAGGGUUCCGAUUUGGUGCCAGCCGGCGUGUCGGCAAGGAGGAGUUGAUAUCUACGGCAGUCAAAAAAGCGGCAUCUGCCGAACAGGUGGUGAUCUUCGCGGGACUGACGAGUGAGUGGGAAACGGAAGGCCACGACCGCGAACACAUGGAUCUGCCUCCGGGCAGCGACGAGCUCAUCCACCGCGUGUUGGAGGUGAACCCGAAUGCUGUGGUGGUGAUCCAAUCGGGAACUCCCGUGGCGAUGCCGUGGGUGAACGAGGCGCGGGCAAUCGUACAAGCCUGGUUCGGCGGCAACGAGUGUGGCAACGGGGUUGCCGACGUGCUAUACGGCGAUGUGAACCCUUCUGCUAAGCUGCCUGUGACGUUUCCCCGGCGCUUGCAGGACAACCCUUCGUACAUCAACUUCCGCUCCGAGCGUGGCCGCGUGCUGUACGGCGAAGACAUUUACGUCGGCUAUCGCUACUUUGAAAAGAGCGAUGUGGCACCGGGAUUCGCCUUCGGCCACGGUCUGUCCUACACCACCUUCACGCGAUCCAACCUGCACAUCGCUACGGUACCCGAGCAGCGCAUUUUCUCGGAAUCCGGUGAACUCAUCACCGCUACGGUCAUCGUCACCAACACUGGCUCUCUGGCGGGCGCUGAGAUCGUUCAGCUCUGGAUCAUUCCGCCGCCGACGGAUGUCAACCGGCCUCUUCGGGAGCUCAAGGCAUUCCACAAGGUAUUCUUGCAGCCCGGCGAGUCCAAGACAGUGGAUCUCGUAGUCGAGAAGAAGCUGGCCACCAGCUGGUGGGACGAGCAGCGAGAGCAAUGGAUCUCAGAGAAGGGCAGCUACACUGUCCUUGUGACUGGAACGGGCUCGGAGGAAUUGCGUGGCGAGUUUGAGGUUGGCAAGACGAGAUUCUGGCUGGGGCUGUAG